AUGAGGUUAGCGUUCAAUUAGCGCGGUUUGCGUUCCACCGUGGACGCAUCGGAGCCCUGAUGGAGGUACGCUCGGCCAUCAGACCAUCUGCUUCCGCCUGGCACUCGUAGCAAACGCACAGGCCGCGCGCGCCCCUGCAGGUUGUGAGUGUGAGUGGCUUGGCACCUAUCCUGCUGACCAUGACAAGCCUCUCGCGCAAACAUCCCGGCACCACAGGCUACCCUCCCUUGAUGAGGCGUCUAGCAUUCCUUCGCUGAGCGUCUACUCUCACCUGACGGACCACGCGUCUCUGCGCAUUGGCGCCAGCAUCCUAGUGUCUGAAGCGAGGCAAGCUCUCGACGCUCCACAUUACCUGUGCGAGGAGCUUGGCCUUCUGAUGGACCCACACAACGAGCAAGAUGCUCCUUCAGCGACAGGCGACGCACCGCGUCUCCAUGAGAAUCAAGGUCCAAUGAACUUGGCCGGUGAGCAUACAAGCGAGAUCGCUCCGCCAACAGCGACUUGCGCGGCUGAGCCGUUCGAGGACUGCCCAGGCGCAUCUCAGAGCGAAGGGAAGGCCGAGGCGUGUGUCUCGCUGGGCCGUGACAGUAGUUCGGAUGUCGCUUCUGCCACCACUCUAGUAGGGCUAAAGAUGGAUACAGCAAAGCUGUCCGACUCUUCAGGCCAAGCGGGCGCUCUGCGGUCAUCGUCCGGGGUGUCAGCGUCGUCUGCCUCAGCUCCGGAGCGAGACCUCCUUAGCGAUGCAACAAGCGCAAAGCUCUCGGCAGCAGCAGCAGCAGACAGCGACGCACAGCGAGAGGAAGACGGUCCCUCGGUCAACGUCGGGCAAAUUGACGGGAAAAGCGCCGACGCUCAGCAAGAUCUAGAUUGCGAAGACGUGGCAGCGAGCCUGAUGCGACUGGCCUCAGUCUUGAAGGCGACCGAGGUUCCGAAGAUGGCCUUCUCAUUCUACGAAGCAGUGGACCAGCCGCGCGCGACUCCGGAAGAAAGGGUUGCGGACGAGACGAAGGCAUCGAGCAGCACGAUAGCGUCGCAACAAGUGCUCGGAGUCGUCUCCAACGUUGAGAGUGGAAGGGAAGAAGCGGCGUGAGUGCACUCCUGGCGUGGUGUGAGCAUCUGCCUCGUCUGACUGCCUUGACAUCGACGAUCUGGAAGCAUCUUGAUCGUAAAGCCGCGCCAGAGUGACUCGAGUAGAGGGGUUGUCACUGCUGCCAUACCGAUACGCUCUUCCUUGCGGUUUGGCUCCACCGCUGUCAGUGCCAAAGAACCUCGCUUGCCGUCAUUUGAGCAAGUGUUGGCAGCCGAAGCAGAGCAUGCGGCGACGAGCGAAGAGAAGGAGCAGCGCAAUACCGGGGAGGAUAUGUUCGUCAUCUCAUGUGAUGGGCACUGGUGUGCCGGAACGACCCAUGAUCGGUGAGCAUCAAGUUCCGCCAGAGGUACCACCGGCUCGGGAUUGACACGCCUGCUGCUCGCAUUCAGACGCUCGUUGACAGAUCUCAAAAAGAUUCUGCCGGACUUAUGUUCAAGUGAGCUGAUAGGACUGGAAGGCCCGCUAGCCUUGAGACUUAUAGAAUGCCUACUUAGCGCCCAAAGCCUCCAGAGGUGCUCACAACUCGCACGCCUGGCUCGCUCGAUACAUCGGCGACGAUGAGACGUCCAUAUCGACACCUCUCUUUUCACGAUGUGAGUCCUACAUUCUCCGAGUACUUCUUCCCGUUUGAAUCGCAGUGGCUGAGGGCUUACGAUGCAUUUACGCCCACACACAGUCACUACCUCUGCCUUCGUUUCCCCCGCCCGCCCAGUCUCGCCCAAGGAGGGGGAGAUCAAGCUUCUGUUGGGCACUUUCAACGUUGCGGGCAUAGCACCAAGUGGCACAACAACAUUCAGGGAGGAGCUGCGCAAAUGGCUGUCCUCUUCGACCUGCAGAAACUGCGAAAUUGUCGUCGUUGCGUAAGUCUAGAUACCUGCCGUGCUACAUCGCGAUUCCUAAUCUGACGCGGCGACUCACGCAGGCUUCAAGAGGCGGAAAUUUCAAACACGGGGUACUUCUAUGCUACGCCUGGGCUAAGGGAGGCCUGGGGAGAUGAAUUGCUUCUUGCUGUCAAGGGAAAGAAUGAAAACUAUAUAGAGGUUCGUCCCAUCGAGAUACUGAGAUCCUAGACACCUUUUUGAUCCGCAUCUCUGGCCCGCAGUUCGUUUCCCGUCAACUGGUCGGCAUGAUUCUCUACGUAUUUGUGACGCCAGAUGUUGUGCCUCGCGUACGCGAUGUGACCUCUGACGCAGUAGGGGUGGGCCUGGGUGGCUGGGUGGCCAACAAAGGAGCGGUGUCUGUCCGCUUGACGGUGGACCAGACCUCGCUGUGCUUCGUUGGUGCUCAUCUGCCCGCGAUGCAGAACCCGCAAGCUCUGCAGAACCGGCGUUGGGCAGUCAGGGAGAUCUUUCGGCGUUGCAAAUUCGAGCUUCCAAUGCCGGGUUUGGCAGAUACUGAGGAGAACGAUGAUCCUUGUCCACUGCAUAUUGAAGAUCAUGAGUGAGUCCCUAGCAGACGUGAGCGGAAUUAUGUUCUCACUCUGUCCCCCUCUCGGCAGCCACGUCUUCUUCCUGGGGGAUCUCAACUUCCGGAUCGAGCUUGGCAUAGGAGAAGUCAAGCGACUCAUCCGGAAAGGAUCUUCCUCGCUGUCGAGAAGUCACCAGACAGCUGCACUUGCAACCUAUACUCGCCCUUUGCCUUUCGACACGCUUCUCAGCUUCGAUGAGCUGUCCAACGAAAUUCGGUCCGGCAGCUGCUUUGCGGAAUUCAAGGAAGGUGCAAUUGCGUAAGUCUUCGUGAGAGGAUCUGCGCUAGCACUCAGCUGACUUCUUGUGCCGUCCUGUGACAGAUUCCCACCAACCUUCAAAUUUGACGUCGGGACGGACGACUACGACACCAGUGAAAAGCAACGCGUGCCGGCCUGGACUGACCGGAUCCUGUGGCGAUCGCGCAAGCCACUCAGGAACGAUGGCCCUGCUUCAAAGGGAGCCGAAAGGGAUUCCGUUGACCGGGGCAAAGAGUUCGACGCCGUCCGCCUAAUCGAAUACACCUCUGUACCUCAGGUCUGCACCUCGGAUCACAAGCCUGUCCGCGGAUGCUUCUUGCUUCGUCUUUGA